AUGUCAUAUAAAAUGUUAAGUCAAAUUUUUAUAUUAAUAUCAUUUUUUUUUUUAACUUUUUUUAAUAUUAAAUGUAUUAAAAGAACAGAGUUAAAGACACAUUUAUAUUUUAAAAAUUAUAAUCUCAAAAAAGGAAAUAAUAAGUAUAAUAAGUUUUGGUUCAUAGGAUUUCAUAACAAGAAAUAUUAUUUAUUUAAUAUAAAUAAAAAUAGAUUAAUUCUCAAUAAGGAUAUUAUGAAAAAAAAUAAACCGAAUUUUAUAUAUUUACAAGAGUCUGAAAAACAAACAAACGAAUUUAGAAACAUUUCUUCGAAUGAAAAGGAUAAACAUUUAUUGGACAAAUUAGUUAAUAAAAUAAUAAAUAAUAAAGUUACCUUAGCGAAAUAUUUACUUUCUGGUACCUUUUGUAUAGCUUUAUUUUCAUUAUACAAAAUUUUGUUGAAUAAAAAAAUUGAACUUACAAUUAGAAAUAUUUUUAAAGAAAAGUUAUUGUUUAUAAAUAUUCCAAAAAGAAAACAUUAUUUUCUAUCCAUAUCUUUAGCUGAAUUUAGAUCGUCACCUUUAUUUUUUUCAACAAUUUUAAUUGCAUCAUAUUCUUUAUAUAUUAUUUUAAAAGUUUACAUAGAAAAAUAUAAAGAAGCAAAAAGGAUUAAAUCAGCAAUUGAUGCUUAUAAUAAAAAUAAAAACGAAUACAUAAAUACAGGUAUAGAUUCUACAAAUGAAAAUGAUAUCACAGAUUAUUUUGAUAAAUUAGAAGAAAAUAAUGAUUUUAAUAAACAAGAAGAUAUCUUUUAA